UGGAUCCCUACACCCCCUCUCCACCCCUCCACGUGCCCAGAGAAACAAUCAGUUCUCCUACCUCCCUCUCUUCUUUCUCGAUCCGCAACUCCUCCCUCCAUCGCAUUGCUGUAUAUAUAUUAUUAGAUCAGCAUCGGAUCUGCGACCCCUUCCUCCCCAAAUCUCUAAAUCUUGCCUCUCUGGCCCCCGAAUUAGGGUUCAUCCGAAGCUUCUUCUGCUCCGAGACUCCGCCGCCAUGGAAGCGCCGCCUUUCCAGCCGGGAAGGCCCCCCCUCCGCACCGCCCCCGACGGCCUACCCCGCUCCCGCGAGCCGAUCAACCUCGGCCGCUCCAGCUCCGCCUCCAGCCGAUCCGACUUCGACUCCCCCUCCGCCUCCACCGCCGCCGUCAGCCAGAGCCUUUCCUCCAUCCUCAACAAUCCCCACGCCGGCCGCUCCGACGCCACCUGGUCCCUCUGGUGGCCCUCCACCUCCGCCGUUGCCCUCGAUUCUCCUCCGCCGCUCGUCCCCUCGAUUCCCCUACCCGAGGUCAGCCGCGCCGACUUCCAGCCCUACCUCUCCGCGAUCUUCGAGUCCUACUCCCGCUUCGAGGAUGUCCGAAAUCACAGCUCCAAGGAGACCGCCGCAGCCGCCGGGGAUGGAGAAGUCCGGGGCCAGGGGGAGGCACUGGUGGCGUGCCUCCGGGAGGUGCCGUCCCUGUUCUUCAAGGUAGAUUUUGCUUUGGAGGAGGGGACGACAUUCCAGGCCGCGUGCCCCUUCUCGCCGUCGGCCCAGGAGAAUACUGCGCUCCAGGAGAGGCUGACACAGUACCUGGAUGUGGUAGAGAUGCACCUGGUGAGGGAGAUUUCGCUGCGGUCGGACUCGUUCUUUGAGGCUCAGGGGCAGCUGCAGGGCCUGAACGGCGAGAUUGUGGAGGCCUGUGCGAGAAUUCGGGAGCUGCGGGAGACGAUCAGGAUCUUGACUGGUGAUGUUGUGGGAACCGCGAGGGAGGUUCAGGAGCUUAAUGCUACGCGGGGGAACCUCGUUGCUUUGCAGCAGAAGCUCAGCGUUAUAUUGUAUGUCAGCCAGGCGCUCUCAGCAUUGAAACUGCUUGUUGCAGCAGCAGAUUGUGCUGGUGCUCUAGAUGUCACAGAUGACUUGCAGCAUUUGCUGGAAACUGAUGAGCUGGCUGGUCUUCAUUGUUUUCGUCAUCUCCGUGACCAAUUGGCAACAUCCUUAGAUUCAGUAAACAGCAUUCUUUCAGCAGAAUUCCUGCGUGCAGCCAUAAAUGAUGCCAAAACUAAUGAUAAGGUGAUUUUGUCAAAGUUGAAGACAAAGGCUGGUAGUCUCAUCAAUGGGAUGGAGGAUGAAGUUAGGUUAGAUGAUGAUGAAAGGUCCAUUCUCCGAGAUCGUCUUCUCCCUCUCAUCAUUUGUCUGCUCAGAACAGGAAAACUCCCAGCUGUAUUGAGGAUUUACCGAGAUGCACUUAUUACUGAUAUGAAAGCUGCAAUCAAAACUACAGUUGCAGAGUUGCUGCCAGUUUUGGUAGCUCAGCCACUAGACUCUGAUUUAGUGGCUGGGGAACGAGCUGUGGAUUCAGAUGGUGGGGGCUUGUCAUUGGCAAGCAAAUUGAGGAACCUGUCAUCUGAAAGCUUUGUCCAACUUCUGGCUGCUAUAUUCAAGGUUAUUGAGGCACAUUUAAUGCAAGCUGCGGAAGUUAAGAAGGUCAUCGAAUGGAUUAUGGGAAACCUUGAUGGUUGUUAUGCCACUGAUUCUGUUGCUGUGGCAGUUGCACAUGGUGCGGCAGCUGCUGCAGCUGCAGAAGCUGCCCAGGAGACUGAUACUACUGUUGUUCCUCAUAUCUCACAUUCGCUUCCCAGGAAUGCUCCCAAAAUUCCAUUAUUCCAAGGAAAGACAAAUGAUGGUUCCAGUCCAAAUACGCCCAAAAAUUUCCGUGCUGAUGUAUUGCGGGAAAACACAGAAGCUGUGUUUGCUGCUUGCGAUGCUGCUCAUGGAAGAUGGGCUAAGCUCCUUGGUGUCCGUGCUCUUCUUCAUCCUAGGUUGAGACUUCAAGAAUUUCUUAGCAUUUAUAACAUAACUCAGGAUUUUAUAGCAGCUACUGAGAAGAUUGGUGGCAGGUUAGGUUAUAGCAUUCGUGGAACUCUACAGUCACAGUCAAAGGCAUUCGUUGACUUCCAACAUGAAUCUCGAAUGGCAAAAAUUAAGGCUGUUCUUGAUCAAGAGACUUGGGUUACAGUGGAUGUUCCUGAUGAAUUUCAGGCCAUUGUUGUUUCACUUUCUUCUAUGGGUAAUGGUGAGCUAGGCCCGGAUAUUCUUUCCUCAGAGAUGGUUGAAUCUGGGGUUUCUUCUGGUGAACAAUAUUUUAGGAUGAAUGAAUCAGGCGAGCAUGGUGCAAAUCCUAGCAAUCGAACCUUGCCACUAUCAUCAAAUCAAGAAAUCAGAGCUGAACCAACACCUUCUGUCCGGAAUGAUGAUAGUACUGUGAAAGAACAUGGAAGAUCUACUUCUCAAACACUUAUAUAUGGAGGCAUUGGUUAUCACAUGGUAAACUGUGGUUUAAUAUUGUUGAAAAUGUUAUCGGAGUAUGUUGACAUAAGCAAAUGUUUGCCCGCUUUGUCAUCUGAAGUGGUCCAUCGUGUUGUGGAAAUAUUGAAGCUGUUUAACACCAGGACUUGUCAGCUUGUUCUCGGUGCUGGUGCCAUGCAGGUGUCAGGUUUGAAGUCCAUAACCUCUAAACAUUUAGCCCUGGCAAGUCAGAUCAUCAGUUUUAUUUAUGCUAUCACACCGGAUAUUCGACGAGUUCUUUUUUCUAAAAUACCCGAGGCUCGUAAGGCAUUACUGAUGUCCGAAAUUGACAGAGUAGCUCAGGAUUACAAGAUUCAUCGAGAUGAGAUUCACACAAAGCUGGUUCAGAUAAUGAGGGAAAGAUUGCUGGCAAAUCUCCGCAAGCUGCCUCAAAUUGUUGAGAGUUGGAAUGCACCAGAGGAUAAUGAUUUACAGCCAAGUCAGUUUGCUCGAUCAGUCACCAAGGAAGUUAUGUAUCUCCAUCGUAUUCUGUCUCAGACUCUGCUGGAGGCUGAUGUUCAAGCAAUUUUCAGGCAAGUGGUCGAGAUCUUCCAUUCACAUAUUUCUGAAGCAUUUUCAAAGUUGGAUGUCAGCACUCCACAAGCCAAGAACAGACUAUGCCGAGAUGUUCAGCAUAUUCUUGGAUGUAUUCGCAAGUUGCCUUCUGAUAACUCAAGUAAAAAUGGUGUGCCGAAUUUUGGUCUUCUUGAUGAAUUCUUGGCAGAGAAGUUUGAAACAAAAGUAGGUCAAUGAAUGACCAUGAAAGUAGAAUCUAACUUUUAUCAGCCAGAAGAUUGUGACAUGAGAACUUCAUUAUGGACAAGGAAAUGAUUCUUAGACAUGUGCAGCGACAUCGUACAAUUGCAUUCAGGUGUUGUUCUUUCCUUUGUCUAUGGAUGCCUGAUCCAUUUGAUGUGAAAUCACUAAGAUGUCAGGUUACCUUGAGAAAAGGUUGCUUAUGGCAAAAUUCACUGUUUUGUUCUUACAUUUUAUCAGUCAAACUUUUAUGCUUAAUUGAAUCCCUUUGGUACAGUCAAGCCAUAGUUCCUCGGAUUUUUAAAGUUGAUUUCUUUGGCUACCUGUGCCAGGCAUUGUUGUAAUGCUGAAGAAUAAUUUUAUCGAUGAGUGUAUUUUUUGUUCUUUGGAGCUGGAACUGCUCCUUUUUCUGCUUCUAUUCUGUAAGUUCCUGAAUGUUAGACAUCCCCUGAUUGGUAGUUCAUGAAUUGGUUUUUGUAAAGGCUAAAAUUUCUCAUAUAUGUAAAGGUGGGCAACUGAAAGCUACAAAACAAUGUAAUUAUAAGCCAAGUUUGUGCACAGGCUAUUAUGAAACACUUUUUAUGGCCAUUGUGAAUGAUACCUGACAUUAUCUUGUACUUU